AUGUCCGCUUCCACUCCCUCUUCGUCUUCUUCUCUCGUUUCCACCGCGAAAUCCCGUCUUGCCUCUAUCUCCUCGCACAUCAUGGGUUCUACCAGCGCCCCCGUCUUUUCCACCUCCGUCGUGCCCUCUGCCCCGGAGGAUCCCCUCUUCGGCCUCGCCCAGGCUUAUCGCCAGGACCCCUCUGACAAGAAGGUCGAUCUGGUCAUCGGAGCUUAUCGCGACGACCACGCGAAGCCUUGGGUUCUUCCCGUCGUGAAGAAGGCAGAUGAUCUCAUUCGCAACGACCCCAAUCUCAAUCACGAAUACCUCCCAAUCAAGGGUCUCGCAGACUACACGACGGCCGCCCAGAAGCUUAUCGUCGGCGCCGACUCCCCCGCCAUCGCCGAAAACCGUGUCUGCACAUUCCAAACUAUUUCUGGCACAGGUGCCGUCCAUCUCGGAGCUCUCUUCCUCUCCAGAUUCCACCCCAAAAGCCCCAAGCCCUCCCUCUACCUCUCCAGUCCCACCUGGGCAAACCACCACCAAAUCUUCACAAAUGUCGGCUUCACCCUCGCCAACUACCCCUACUUCUCCCCGCAAACGAAAGGCCUCGACUUCGAUGGCAUGCUAACAGCCAUCCGCUCCGCCCCCGCGGGCUCCAUCAUCCUCCUCCACGCCUGCGCCCACAACCCCACAGGCGUAGACCUCACCCAGGACCAAUGGAAGGAAGUCGCUGUCAUCAUGCGCGAGCGCUCCCACUUCCCCUUCUUCGACUGCGCCUACCAGGGCUUCGCCUCCGGCGACCUGAGCCGCGACGCCUGGGCCAUCCGGUACUUUGUCGAGCAGGGCUUCGAGCUCUGCAUCGCGCAGUCCUUCGCUAAGAACUUCGGCCUCUACGGCGAGCGCACAGGCGCUUUCCACUUCGUCUCCGCCCCCGGCGCCGAGGCAACACAGUCCUCAGCCCACGUCGCCUCGCAGCUCGCCAUCCUGCAGCGAUCAGAGAUAUCUAACCCGCCUGCCUAUGGCGCGCGCAUCGCAAGCAAAGUCCUUAACGACCCGUCAUUGUUUGCGCAGUGGGAGGAUGAUCUGCGGACGAUGAGCGGGCGGAUUGCGGAGAUGCGCUCCGGCCUGCGUCAGCGGCUGGAGAGCAAGGGGACGCCUGGGUCUUGGAGGCACAUCACGGAUCAGAUUGGCAUGUUCAGCUUCACGGGCCUGACGGAGGCGCAGGUCAAGGUGUUGCGUGAGAAGUGGCAUGUUUAUAUGACUAAGAACGGCCGCAUCUCCAUGGCUGGUCUGAACACGCAUAACCUGGAUUACUUCGCCGAGGCGGUCGACAGUGUUGUGAGGGAGACGUCGUGA